AUGGGCCGUCAGUGCGGGGCCCCGGGGCGCGGCCCGGGGGAGAGGGGGCAGCGCCGGGAGCCGGGGGCGGCCAUGGGAGCCGGACGCGGGGCCCGAGUGUGGCCCCGCCCCGGCCGCCGGCUGCCCCGCCCCGGCCCGCCCUCCCCAGCGCCACCACCGCCCCAGCCGCCCGGGGCCCGCCCGGCUCCGCAGCGAGGUCCGAGGGGCGGAGCCGACGGCGCACGUACGUCCCGCCCCGCGCCUGCCACUCACACGAGGGGCUACGCCUACCUCCCCUCACCUGGGCCCGCCCCACGGUGCGACCUGUUUGAUCGAGGGGCGGGGCCUGGAGGUCCAGGCGGCGCGCCCGGUGCUUUCAAGUCCCUGGUCCGGGACUUGCAAGUGCGGACCUGCGCCCGGCACGGCGGCGGGAACAUUUAUUCUCGUGUGCAGACUCGAAGCACCCAGGGGCUGGGCGGUUUGGCUCAGGCAUCUGGUGAUGGGAAAUUCCAGAGAAGCAGUAAUUUUCUUGUUCUGAUGGAGCACCCAAUCAAUGUGAGACAAGACCCCAGCACCCCCACCUAUGGACUCCGAAGGUCCAUCUUACUGAACACCAGGCUUCAGGACUGCUAUGUGGUCUCACCAGCUCUCACCAACAUCUGGACAGCCAGAACAUGUGCAAAGCAGAACAUCAAGGCCCCAGCACCAGGUACCACCUCUUGCUGGGAAGUGGUGAAGAACCCCAUAAUUGCCAGUUCAUUCUCCCUGGCUAAGCUUGUGCUUAGAAGGCAACUGAAAGAUAAAUGCUGUCCAGUACCUUCUAAGUUUGGAGAAGUGAAGUCAUUGAAGAGAUUAAAACCCAGGGGCAUUCCAACAACGAAAGCCACCCAGCAGGCCAGGAUAAGAAGCUCCAUCAGAUCCAAGAGCAAGCAGCCAGUUGGGCAGCUGCUGGGCUCACCUGGACGACAAGGACAGAACCCUGCAGGAAGCAUCAGAGAGAGCAAAGAAAGUUCAAAGGAGAAAAAAGUAACAGUCCGCCAAGAUCUUGAAGACAGAUAUGCGGAACGUGUGGCCGCCACCCAAGCACUACCCUGGGACAGUGGGAAGGCAGCCUGGAAAGGUCGACCAUUGCCUCCUGAAACCCCAAUGAGGCAGCAGGUGUCGGAGGACAUGCUAACAAUCCAUGGCCUCCCCACAGAGUGUUACCAGGCUCUGUACCAUGCUGUGGUGGAGCCGAUGCUGUGGAAUCCUUCAGGAACCCCCAAGAGAUACAGUAUGGAGCUGGGCAAGGCCAUUAAACAAAAACUUUGGGAAGCUCUGUGCAGUCAGGCUGCCACCCUCGAAGGUGCUCAGAAGAACCCACUGUCUGGCAAGAAGGGACUGGGUGUCCAGUCUGUGCCCAAGAAAUGGCCCAAGUUAAAGAGUAAAAAAUAA